AUGCCUUCUACUUCAUCAAGCAUGGAUGCAGAGUCCAUAAUUGCUGAUGGAGAACUACAAUCCGCAGAUGUCAAGGGCGAUACGCAAAACGCAUCCAUCGAUCGCACCGGAAUGACAUGGCAUAUGGCACCCGAACUGCGCCAAAUCAGGGAACGAGCUGAAGACGGUGGAGAGAAGCCCAAAAUGCUCGGCGUGGCCUGGCAGGAUCUCACCAUCAAAGGCGUUGGCGGCAACGCCAUGUUCAAUGAGAACGUCCUCUCCCAGCUUUUCCCUUUUCAUAGGGGUGGCAAAGCCACCGAAACCAAGACUAUAAUUGAAAGUUCGUUUGGAUGCGUCAAGCCUGGGGAGAUGUUGCUCGUUCUGGGACGGCCUGGAGCGGGUUGCACGACGCUGCUGAAUGUACUCGCAAACAAUCGUCUCGGCUAUGAAGAAGUCAGCGGAAAUGUUAACUACGGAAACAUGUCUGCCGAGGAAGCCAGGAACUACCGUGGCCAGAUUGUCAUGAACACGGAGGAGGAAAUCUUCUUUCCAACCCUGACCGUUGAAGACACGAUCAAUUUUGCCGCUCGCAUGAAGGUCCCAUAUCAGCUGCCGCCUGGGACUGCGACUCAUGAAGAGUAUGUCCAGUUCUAUAAGGAUUUCCUCCUCCGCUCAGUUGGGAUCUCCCAUACCGCGCGGACGAAGGUCGGUGAUGCCUUUAUUAGGGGUGUCUCAGGUGGGGAGAGAAAACGUGUCUCUAUUCUGGAGUGUCUUACUACUCGUGCUAGUGUCUUUUGCUGGGAUAAUUCGACAAGAGGCCUUGAUGCCAGUACAGCUCUUGAAUGGAUCAAGGCCAUUAGGGUGAUGACUGACCUCCCUGGGCUCAGUACAAUUGUCACCCUCUAUCAGGCGGGCAACGGAAUCUACGAACAUUUUGAUAAGGUUCUGCUUCUCGACGAAGGCAAAAAAAUCUUCUACGGGCCUCAAAAGGAAGCUGUCCCAUUCAUGGAAAGCCUGGGCUUCAUGCGGGAUUCGGGUUCCAACCGGGGAGACUUCCUGACGGGUGUUACGGUUCCUACCGAGCGCCUCAUUGCCCCUGGGUAUGACGACAAGUUUCCACGCACCGCCAACGACAUCCGGGCUGCAUAUGAACGGUCCCAAAUCAAGCCGCAGAUGCUGGAAGAGUCCCAGAGUUACCCGACAAGCAAAGGCGCAGCUGAGAACACAGCCGUUUUCAAAGAAAUGGUUUCUCGAGAAAAGCACAAGGGUGUAUCCAAGAGCUCUCCCGUCACAACUGGUUUCGUCACUCAAGUAAAGGCCGCGAUUAUCAGGCAGUACCAACUUAUGUGGGGUGACAAGGCGACUCUACUCAUGAAGCAAGGUGCCACAGUUAUCCAGGCACUCCUCGGUGGUUCUCUCUUCUAUUCUGCCCCUGACAAUUCUAUCGGCCUUUUUCUCAAGGGUGGUGCCCUGUUUUUCUCUAUUUUAUACAACGCUCUUAUAGCCCUAUCAGAGGUUACCGACUCCUUCACUGGCCGACCUAUUCUUGCCAAACACCGCUCCUUCGCAUUGUAUCACCCAGCGGCUAUCUGCAUCGCCCAGAUUGUUGCCGAUUUACCUAUCCUUUUAUUCCAGGUUACGCACUUCGGCCUGAUCCUCUAUUUCAUGGUUGGCCUGAAGUCCACGGCGGGGGCAUUCUUCACUUACUUGGUCAUCAACUUCAUGACAGCCAUGUCUAUGACAUCUUUCUUUCGACUCGUUGGUGCCGCAUUCCCUACGUUUGACGCUGCGUCCAAGGUGUCGGGUCUUUCAAUUGUAGCGCUGUUUGUCUACAUGGGAUAUAUGAUUAUCAAGCCUGAGAUGCAUCCAUGGUUUGUAUGGAUUUUUUGGAUCAACCCGAUGGCCUAUGGAUUCGAAGCUCUUCUUGGAAAUGAAUUCCAUGACCAGGUUAUACCAUGCUACGGCCCCAACCUGAUUCCAAGCGGCCCUGACUAUAUUGGUGAAGGGGGGCAAUCAUGUGCUGGUGUUGUCGGCGCAGCACCUGGUGCGACCAGCUUGACUGGUGACGAGUAUCUCGCAGCCAUGUCCUUUAGCCACAGCCAUAUAUGGCGUAACUUUGGAAUAAUCUGCGCCUGGUGGAUGCUCUUCAUUGCGCUUACCAUAUUUUUCACUUCCAGGUGGAAGCGACUUGGAGAAGGAGCUCGUAAGCUCCUGAUCCCUCGAGAGCUACAGCAUAAGUCAAAACAUCUUUUGGAAGUCAGAGACGGGGAAGCGCAAGCCCAAGAGAAAUAUGUGGUCAGCUCUGGAUCCACUGCAUCAGAGGGCAGCGUUGGAAAUGACCUGCUCAGCAAUAAGAGCAUAUUCACUUGGAAAAAUCUGACUUACUCUGUCAAAACAGCUGAUGGUGAUCGUGUCCUUCUUGACAACGUUCAAGGUUAUGUCAAGCCUGGUAUGCUUGGAGCUUUAAUGGGCUCGUCUGGUGCUGGCAAGACUACCCUACUGGAUGUUCUCGCACAACGCAAAACCUCAGGGACUAUCCACGGAUCCGUUCUGGUAGAUGGGCGUCCUCUGCCUAUUUCCUUCCAACGCUCUGCUGGCUAUGUCGAGCAGUUGGAUAUUCACGAGCCCUAUGCAACUAUCCGGGAAGCCCUUGAGUUUUCGGCACUAUUGCGCCAACCUCGCGAUAUACCCACCGAAGAAAAGUUGCGAUAUGUGGACACCAUUGUUGAUCUUCUUGAGCUGAAUGAUCUUGAACAUACUCUCAUCGGCCAACCAGGUGCUGGUCUUUCAGUGGAGCAACGGAAGCGUCUUACUAUUGGUGUUGAAUUAGUGGCAAAGCCCAGUAUCUUGAUCUUCCUUGAUGAGCCGACGUCAGGGCUUGAUGGUCAAGCUGCCUAUAAUACUAUUCGCUUUCUUCGCAAGCUUGCAGAAGCGGGUCAGGCUAUCCUGGUUACUAUUCAUCAACCAUCAGCACAGUUGUUUGCACAAUUUGAUAAACUACUAUUGCUGGCUGCCGGCGGGAAAACGGUAUACUUUGGAGAUAUUGGCCAGAAUGCGAACACUGUCAAGGAAUACUUUGGGCAACAUGGGGCGCCUUGCCCACCGGAAACAAAUCCUGCUGAGCAUAUUAUUGAUGUUGUGUCGACAGGGGACCGUCUUGAUUGGAACCGGGUCUGGCUGGAGUCCCCAGAACAUGAAAGACUCUCCGAGGAAUUGGAUACCAUGGUUGUUGAAGCUGCGGGUCGGCCUACAGUAGCAAACGAUGAUCCGCAUGAAUUUGCUGCCUCUCUCUGGACGCAAAUCAAGCUCGUGACGCAUCGGAUGAACGUCUCGCUCUUCCGGAACACCGAAUACCUCAAUAAUAAAUUCGCCAUGCAUAUCAGCCUAGCGCUACUGAAUGGCUUUACCUUCUGGAAAAUUGGAGAUGCUCUUACAGACCUGCAGCAGAACCUCUUUACUGUGUUCAACUUCAUCUUUGUCGCGCCAGGUGUUAUCUCGCAGCUUCAGCCCCUCUUCAUUGACCGCCGCGACAUCUUCGAGGCGCGUGAGAAGAAAAGCAAAAUGUACCACUGGGCUGCCUUUGUGACGGGCCUUAUAGUCUCAGAGUUCCCUUACUUGCUUGUCUGUGCGUUGCUGUAUUACGUUUGCUGGUACUUUACGAGCGGCCUUCCUACCUCCGCUGAGCACGCUGGGAGUGUCUUUUUCGUUGCAGUAAUCUACGAGUGUCUUUACACGGGCAUUGGACAGAUGAUCGCCGCUUACACACCAAACGCCGUGUUUGCCUCUCUGGUCAACCCUCUGGUGAUUACCACUCUCGUCUCCUUCUGUGGCGUGAUGGUUCCAUAUAGCCAAAUUGUAGCAUUCUGGCGAUACUGGAUGUAUUACCUCGACCCCUUCAACUACCUCAUGAGUUCUUUGCUGAUAUUCACUACUUGGGACAAACCCGUACAAUGCAAGCCCGAAGAACUAGCUGUGUUUGAUCCAGCUCCCAAUGUGACAUGCGGCGAAUAUCUCAAUGUCUACCAGCGUGGCGUGGGAAUGGCCACGAACCUUCUCAACCCAGAUGAUACACUCGGAUGCCGCGUCUGCCAGUAUACCCAAGGUGGAGACUACCUCCGUACGCUAAACCUACACGAACGAUACUACGGAUGGAGGAACGCGGGCAUUGUCGUUGUAUUUGUGGUUGGUAUCUACGGGCUCGUAUUUCUUAUGAUGAAACUCCGGACCAAGGCCACCAAAAAGGCUGAGUCCUAAAGCGGAAAGGAAACAUGGAUGAGUACCAUACUAUCUGCUGGGUUAAUAACAUUGUGCUUCUUGGGAGAUUGCCGAUUGCCGGUUUAUAGUGCUUACAUACUUAUAAAUGGUACAUAAUAGUAUAUAGGUAUAUUUAUAGUUAAU